AGUUCAGUUGGAUCCUGUUGGGUCUCAUCCUCGCACACUUCAUUCUUCUCUUCAUUUCUCGCGUACCCCCUUUACACGGACACAGCGCACUCCUCAGGCCUCGUUACUGCCCGCAUAUACCUACUUAUACAUAUAUCAUUUGCUAUACCACAUCCUUCAUUUCUAUUUCUGCGCCGACAUUCUCCCGUACAUCAUGGAUUCCUGGACAUUUGGUGGAAAGUAUAAACUUGAAGAAGAGAUCGCCAUGGGUGGUUGUGGCACCGUCUUCCAAGGAGUUCAUACUAUCGCUGGUAAAGAAGUCGCCAUUAAACUCGAACCGGCCCUCGGUCGUCCUUCGUGUAAUACGCCACUUAAGCAAGAGUCCAAGAUCUACAAAACACUUAUGGGGGGCCCCGGUGUCCCUUGGAUAAUGUAUUCGGGUAAACAAGGCGACUAUAAUGUCAUGGUCAUUGAUCUCCUUGGGUCGUCUUUGGAGGACCUCUUCAGGAUGUGCAACCGGUUCUUCUCACUGAAGACCGUUCUUAUGCUGGCAGAUCAGUUGAUUUCUCGCAUCGAGUACAUCCAUUCGCGCGCUCUCGUUCACCGAGAUAUCAAGCCUGCGAACUUUGUGAUCGGAACGGGCAAGAACACGUCCUUUAUUAACAUCAUUGACUUCGGUCUCGCAAAGAAAUACAGAGACUCUCGAACAGGUGAUCAUAUUCCAUACCGUCAAACCGACCAACACGGCGUUGGCACUAGCUUGUUCGCAAGCUUGAACGCGCACAUAGGAGUUGAAUGUUCUCGACGAGACGACCUGGAGUCUCUUGCCUACCUGCUCAUUUACUUCAUGCGCGGCACGCUUCCCUGGAGGAAGCUCAAGGGAUCCACGACUGCCGAGACGUGGGAUCUCAUUCGAGACAAGAAAAUUGAAACUGCUCCACUACUCACUGUUGGGCUCCCAGCUGAAUUUGAAGUCUUCUACUCAUACGUUCGGGGCCUAGAAUUUGGCGAUUUGCCUGAUUACGAAGGCCUGAGACAACUCUUCCGUGGGUUGGCCGAACGAGAGGGAAUCAAAUACGAUGGACAAUUUGACUGGAUUGUGGCGAGUGCGGCAUCUUCAUCUUCACGAGGUGGGAACAAAAGAGCAGGUUCGAUAGGGAGUGAGAAGGGAAGAAAGAGGGCGUGCAGGACUUGUGACGCCUGCGCUGCUGCUCAGAACGCAGGGAGUGGGAGUAGGAAGUCAUAGUAGUUGGGGGAUUGGGUUGGGACAUGAUACGGUCUGCAUGCUGGUACGUGCAUGUUCCCCUCGUGGGCAACUUAAUCGGCUAUGAACUAACGAGCGUCUUUCCGGACCCAUUAGAAAACUUCUCUUGAGCUUAUGCUUGUGCAUGCUAAAGGGAGUCUCGUCACUAGGCCUAGCCCUUGGCGGAAGGGCGAGGCGGAGUGAUGUUGGAUGCUCUCCAGACCCGGAACGCGAGGGAAACAUUUGGUUGAUGUCGUCUCCCUCGGACUUGAAGGUGGUAGGGUAGUUGAACUUCUAGCCCGACGCGUUUUACUUCUUGAAUACUUACACACCAGAGAACUGACUUAAACUACUGUGGCAAACCAUUAUGAUUGUAAUUCUACCAAGGUUCGUUUCGUUUCGUGCUC